AUGGCACCGGUUGGUAAAUACUGUGCUAACGGAGGGGAGUCAGAUCAAGAUAGCGUUAACAAUUCGGGAUCUGAUUCAGAAGGUGCAGAAAGUAAUGCUUCAGGAAGCCGGAGUAGCAGUGCAGAAUCUGGGAAUCAAACUCGAAGAUCAAGUCCUAGAAGUGAUCGUUCAAAAUCAAAAUCUAGAAGUCCAGCCAAUUCUCAAGGUUCAGGUAGUUGGCACUCCGACGCUGGUAGUCAUGGUAGAAAAUCAAGAAGAGAUUCUGCCUCCUCUGGCAGUCCACGAGGUGCUCAUUCAGAGAGAAGCGCCAAGUUUGAUAGUGGUCGAUCCCGUAGUCCGGAAGACAAAGCUGAUCAUUCACCUGGAUCUGCUCAUGAAAAAUCUUCUAGAUCUCCAAGUCCAGAAGGUGAAAGAAGUGGUUCAGCAUCUCCUUCUAAAGCUUCAGAAAGUGGUGAAUCAAGAUCUGAAUCACCGGAUAAUAAAAGUAUUGACUCUGGGAAAAAUAACAGAAGAAGUCAAUCUGUGAAUUCGGAUAAUGAAAAGAAUAGAAAAUCAAGAUCAAGAAGUAAAGGAAGUAAUAAUUCAAGACAAAGUAGUGCUGGUUCAAGAUCUGGUAGUGUCAGUGAUAAUGAUUCUCAGCAUUCGAAAGAGCAAUCUGAAUCUCCAGGUAGAGAGAACAAUGAUAAAAAUAGAGAUUCUAUCGGUGAGGAAGAUCAUACUUCCAAUGAUAGAAAAAGUAGGGUUAAAUCUUCAAAACGUAAAAGUCAUUCAGGUAGUGAUAGUGAUAAUCAUUCAGAUAAAGUAGUUUCUUUAAAGUCUUCUAAAAGUCGAUCUAAUAGCCCUCGAAAGAGUAAAAGUAAUUCACCCAAGUCUGACAGAUCUGGGUCUCCGGAAAAAAAUAGAAAAUCACAUUCAAGAAGUAGAUCUCCUGUAAGUGGCAGUGGAAGUGAUAAUGAACAAAUUAAGGAAACCAGUACCAGAAAGAGAGCAGUUAUAAGUGACGACAGUGGUUCUGACACAGGUAAAAAAAAUGCAGACCCUGAAAAUGAUAGGGAAGACGGUGAAGAUAGUGAAAAAGAUUUAGUCAUUGAUGCAGAAGCUCUAUUUGGAGAUGCGUCAGACAUUAGCUCAGAUGAAGAAGGUAGAAAAAAGAAAGGAUUGAAAAAACAUGUCGAGAGUGAAGAUAACAAGUCUCAAGGUGAAGAAAGUGAUGCAGAGAGUCAAAAAGAAAAAAGCGACGAUGAAAAAAUUGAUAUGGACGGUGAUGAAAAAGACGAAGACAAAGAAAAUAUUCCCGAAGAACCUCAUCCCGAAACUCGUAUCGAUGUUGAAAUACCUAAAAUAACAACAGAUUUGGGAAGAGAUCUUCAUUUUGUCAAGUUACCAAACUUUUUAUCCGUUGAAACGAGACCUUUCGAACCUUCCACGUACGAAGAUGAAAUCGACGAAGAGGAAACAUUAGAUGAAGAAGGUCGUGCUAGGUUGAAAUUAAAAGUUGAAAAUACAAUUAGAUGGAAAGAAGUAACGAAACAAAAUGGCGAAUUCGAAAAACAAAGUAAUGCUCGUUUUGUUAAAUGGUCAGAUGGUUCCAUGUCUUUACAUUUAGGCUCGGAAAUAUUUGACGUAUACAAGCAACCUUUACAGGGCGAUCACAAUCACUUGUUCAUAAGGCAAGGUACGGGUUUGCAAGGUCAGGCCGUUUUUCGAACCAAAUUGACUUUCAGGCCGCAUUCUACCGAAUCUUUCACUCAUAGGAAAAUGACAAUGUCUCUUGCCGACAGAUCACAAAAGACUGCUGGAAUAAAAGUAUUAUCAUUAGUGGGUAAAGAUCCCGAGGCUCACAGAGGAGAAUUAAUCAAGAAAGAAGAAGAAAGAUUGAAGGCGUCGGUUAGAAGAGAGAGUAAACAGAGACGAAUACGAGAGAAAAGCGCUCACCGCGGUCUGUCUGCCGGAUACCUGGAACCUGAUAGAUACGGUGAUUUAGAUUCGGACGAAGAAGGAAUAUCGAUAAACGCGAUUAAAAAACAACAUAGGAAUAAAUUAAAUAACAGCGGGGACGAUCGAUCUCAUAUAUACUCGUCGGACGAAGAAGGUUCGGAUAUUGAAACGAGAAGAGCAAGAAGGUUGGAUAAGGCAAAAGCAUUAAAAGAUUCAGAUUCGGAUGAUUCCGGCGGUGGUGGUGGUGGUGGAGGGGGAGGAGGUUCAAACUCUAAAUCAGCCAUUCAAAGUUCUAGCGAAGAGGAUUAA